AUGCACGGCCUUAUUAUCUGCAAUAAAUGGCCACAAGUGCCAGUGCCCCUCGAGAAAUUCGACGUACAUGCCGUUAUUGUCAACAACAAUGCUGAUGUGUCCUGUGAAUUCGCAUACAAGAAUUCAACUUCUGAGAUAAUUGAAACUGAAUUCGCAUUCCCAUUAGAAUCAACGGCCGCGGUGUACCACCUUGAAGCAAUUAUUGGUAAGAAGCAUCUGGUGGCACACUGCAGAGAGCGGAUUGAGGCUGAGGAAACCUAUAGCGAAGCUGUGGAGUCUGGUCACACCGCAUUUAUGAUGCAGGAGGAUUACACAAUGGGAGACACUUUCAGAAUGAAAUUAGGGAAUAUACCAGCUGGGGAAACAAUAAAGCUGACCUUCAGAUACGUAGUGCCUCUCUACGUGAGAGAGGUGGAUAAAACCAUUGAAAGAUUUUCCGGCUUGCAAGAACCGUAUGUGUUGAUUUUCUCAAUGCCUCUGCUAAUUGGUGAAAGAUACGAUCCUAAUCCAGGAGCCCACGGAUGUACUGCAGCGCCACAUUUAUCCGCCAAAAUGUCUUUUGUAGCCGAUAUAUGUGCUACUGGUGGGGUUUUGUCUGUCACAUCGGCACACCAAAAAUUCCAAGUCAGUUUUGUGGACGAGGCUAAAGAGCACGCGAAGAUAACUGUGCCCGGUAACCUAGACUUGUCUCACGAUUUCGAGCUGGAGCUUGCGCUGCAAAACCCACAUGCCUUGUGUGCUCCUUGUGAAUUGGGUUGUGCAAGCAAAGGCGGUUUUUUGGGCAUGCAUUGUAUUACGGCAGCAUUCCUUCCCAACAUUUCCCAAUCGCCAGCUAGUGAUGGUGACAAACGUGAAAUAAUAUUUGUUAUCGACAGAUCUGGAAGUAUGAGUGGCUCAAAAAUUCAAAAUACCAAGGAAUCUUUGCUGUUGUUUUUGAAGUCUCUACCAAAGAAAUGCCGCUUUCAAAUUGUUGGCUUUGGAAGCUCCUUUAACCCUCUAUUUCCCCAGCCGGUUGACUACAACAAGGAAAACGUGGAACAAGCUCUGGGGUAUCAGAAAACCCUGUCGGCUAAUAUGGGUGGUACAGAGGUGCUUUCAGUCCUGAAAUUCGUCUACGAUACUCCCGUCACAGGUGCGGGAUGGUAUAGAUGUAUCAUCUUUCUCACUGACGGUGAAAUUUCUAAUCAAGAUGAAGUAAUUGGCCUGGUGACGCGGAACCAGCAAUCCGCACGACUUUUUGCCAUCGGUUUAGGUGAUGAGGUAAGCACCUCGCUCAUUUGGGGUGUCGCUCGAGCUGGUAGAGGCACGGCUGUGUUCAUUCGUAGUGGAGACAAUUUGCGAGCAGCAACAAUGUCAGUGCUUGGAUCGGCUCUACAGCCAAUGCUUACGGAUGUGGAGUUGAAGUGGGAUGUCAAGGUGGAUGGAAAGGCUCCAGAGAUUCUUAUUGUGCCCACCCGGCUACCGCCUCUCUUCUCGGGUGUUUUUAUGACAGCGUUUGGUCUCUUCCAAGCAGACGACUCCAAGUCCCCUCGCAUAGAAGGCACCCUGAAGCUGAGCUACAAGCUGAACGAUACAGUUCACUCACAGGAGACCGCAGUUCAAAUUCUGCCCGUGGAACAGGAGAACCUGGGUCUGCACAGACUCGCUGCAAAGGCACAACUCCUGGAGCUGGUGGAUAAGCACUCUGCCCUCCAUGCAAAUGACGGUGAUAAGGUGGAUGAGAGUGCAAAAUCCGAGAUUCGUCAGCAAAUUGUCGACAUUUCAACUAACACUAACGUGAUUUCACCCUUCACCUCUUUCGUUGGUGUCGACCCAGACAAAAUAGAAAAUUUCGUGAAAGCUCCACCCAGACCACCCAUCGCAGUGGCAUAUGGUGCCAAGAUGGCUCAUUUUCGAGGCAGGACUUUUCGAGGUUUAGGUAGCCCCCCAAGCUUCCUCAAGAAUGUUAGGAAAAUAAAGUCGAAAGCAACGGGUUCUGAGCCUACACCUUCUGCACCUACUGACGCUGUUGUGUUUGCUGUGGAGCUUCAAGAUUUUGAUGGAUUCUGGCCCCUGAACGAGGAUCUGGCCAAACUCUUCAGGUCAACUCUUUCUCAGUUAACGUCUUCAAAGCCUUCUAAUGUGGAAAACACAAAGAUGUGGGCCACGGCACUUGUUGUUGCCUACCUGCGAACGCACAUGGACUCGCGGCAGGAGGAGUGGGAGAUGGUGGUGCAGAAGGCCAUGGAUUGGUUGAAGGAGAAUUGCCCUAACCCACAAUCGCUCGUUGAGAAGGCAAAAACAGCACUAGCGCAACUUCUACCAAAAGCAUGA